CGACUUCUUCGUUGGUGCUGCCGGGUGUUGUAUCGUCCUUCUGUCCUGAGUCACAACCAUGGGCAGUGUUUUGGCUGCCAGUUCCCCAAGCCCUCCAGUGCCACCUCCAGGUGGCACCCCUGGCGGGGCAGGUCUUGUGUCUGUGCCCGCGGGCUUCACCAUGCCCCCUGUGUCACCGGUUUCGCCCACUGCGGCGCCCACAGACCAGGCCGCGGACGGCGAAUCACCGCUGCCCAAUCCUGGCGCCUUUGAGGAAUGUCACCGCAAGUGCAAAGAGGUCUUUCCUAUGCAGAUGGAAGGAGUAAGGCUCACGGUUAACAAGGGUCUCAGCAAUUAUUUUCAGGUGAACCACACCGUCAUGCUGAGCACCAUGGGCGAUUCCAGUUACCGUUUCGGUGCCACCUACGUGGGCACCAAACAGAUGGGGCCUGCCGAGUCCUUCCCAGUAAUGGUGGGUGACAUGGACAACAGUGGGAGUCUAAAUGCACAGGUUAUCCAUCAGGUCACAGAGGGAAUACGCUCUAAAUUGGCCUUCCAGACCCAGCAGCAGAAGUUUGUGAACUGGCAGGGGGACGCAGAGGUCCGUGGCAAGGACUACACGGCUGCUGUGACGUUUGGGAACCCAGAUGUGCUGGUGGGAUCUGGUAUUGUUGUGGCGCACUACCUGCAGUCCAUCACUCCAUCUCUGGCUCUGGGGGGGGAGCUGGUGUACCACAAGCGGCCUGGGGAGGAGGGCACGGUCAUGUCUCUCGCCGGACGAUACACAGGCGACAACUUUAUUGCCACUUUGACACUGGGGGGCGCUGGAGCGCACGCUUCCUAUUAUCACAAGGCUAAUGAACAGCUCCAACUGGGCGUAGAGUUUGAGGCCAGCACCCGAAUGCAAGACACCAGUGCGACCUUCGGCUAUCAGCUGGACAUGCCAAAAGCAAACCUGCUCUUCAAGGGCUCGGUGGACAGUAACUGGGUGGUGGGGGCCACGCUGGAGAAGAAGCUGCUGCCUCUGCCGCUGUCCCUGGCCCUCGGCGCCUUCCUCAACCACCGCAAGAACAAGUUCCAGUGCGGCUUCGGCAUCACCAUCGGCUAGAGCCAGACACCGUGCCCACCUCAAGGACUCUCGGGCACGCGGGUGCCCAUCUGACUGACUGACAAACACAGAAACAAACAUACAAACAAAAGCAAACAAAACAGAAAAAAGUAGACGGGACUGACUCCACCACAACCACAACCACAUUUCGACUGGUAGCAAACCUAUCUCUCUAUUUCUCUCUCUGUCUCUCUUUCUCUCUCUUCUCUCUCUCUCUCUCUCUCUCUCUCUCUCUCUCUGACAAUGCUCAUUGCCCCCUUCCCCGGAGACCCUGCCCACCGUGAUGUUCAUCUCCAAACUGCUGUGCAACGCUCUGUUAUUGCAACAUCUUUAUUCCUCCCUCUACCUCUUAAAGGAACCCGGAAGACGUGACGGAGCCUCCUUUUCGCAUUCUCGUUCUCGCGCAUUGCUUCUGGGGACUUUACAUUCAGUGAAAUGAGAGUAAUGUUGCCUGCACUCUGUGUCAAGCACCUGACAAUGUGUCAAGCACCUGACGUUUGUCUCCAGCUGUCCCUUGUCGUGUGUGGAUGAGCAAAGCUGUGAUCAGAGGGUCUGGUUGAGCAGGAGCAGGGAUUGGGUCAGUCAGUUCUGAGGCUAGGGAUUUUUGCAGGGUGGUGCUCAAUUACAUAGGCAACACCUGGAAAUCUCAGAGAGAUACACUUACGUACGAAUACACACUGGAUGCUAUCCGGUUACAUCAUUUUUAAUAUAACCAUUUUGUUAUGUUGUCUAGUUCAUCAAUUUUUUUUUUUUUUAUUCCUGUUUUUUUUUCUUUGUAUUGUUCGAUCUGUAAUGAGCAUCAGGGCUCGGUAAUGUUCUACUAGUAGUUUGUUGGGUCAGGCUGUGAUAAUGUACGAUUUUGUUUUUUUUUCUUUUUUCAACUUUAUUAUUUUUACUUAUUUUUUUUCUUCAUCAUGGCAAAUAUAUAUGACAUUAUACAUAAAUAUGUAUAAAUAUAAAUAUAUAUUACCUGUACAUAUCUGCUGGGGAACAAAGAUAAAUGCAGUUUCUUAUCAA